GGCUUACGGAGAAUCAGAGGUCUGAUCUAAUGGCUCGCUCGGACAUCUCCUUCCAGACGGUUGGAGGGUCAAGUGGCUUUCUAGGUUACUUUGAGAAAGCUCGACUAAGACCUGAAGGGAAAAUGCAUUCAUGAACUCUGAUGCUCCCUACACCGCCAGAAUCGUGGUUAAAUAUGACCCUAAGAUUCGAGCUUAACCCUCCUCGGAACCCAAAGCUACUUGACAUCAAUCACUCCAGAAAGCAAUGACUUUCUUUGAAUUCCGUUAUUUGACCUCAUUUCUUCCAGAGUCUUGGGGCGACCUGAAACAGAUCGGGGUGAGCCUGAUCUUUGUCUUGGCUUUGAGGGCAGGAUGGUUGGCCCUGAACCGUCUUUACUGGCACCCGCUGCGCCAAAUCCCAGGUCCCCUUCUGGCCGGCCUUACAGAAUGGUGGGAGUUUUAUUUCGAUGUCAUCGAGAACGGUACAUUGGUGCAGACCUUGCCUCGCCUGCAUCAAAAAUACAGAUCGCCCGUAAUCCGCAUUUCACCCAAUCACGUUCAUGUGAAUGACCCAGAUUUCUAUAACAUUGUCUACCGUGCUGGGACAGAUUACCGCAAAGCGCCCUCCUUUUACAAAGCACUGGGCUACCCAAACUCCCUGAUAUCAAUACUGGAUCCGCAAAAGCAUCGGGUCUUUCGUAAUACAAUCGCCCCGCUAUUUUCACCGGCUGCUCUUGACCUUUGCGCGCCUCGCAUCCAUCGAGUAGUUCUCCGAGCUGCCAGCAAAAUUGUCGACGGUCUGCAGACCGGUUCCCCGAUCCAGAUCCAGCAACUAUAUCGAUGCCUUGCGAUGGACGUAAUCUACGUGACCCUGUUUGGGCAGCACGGCAUGUUCGUUGACGAUUACGAGCGCCCGCAUGAACUCAUUACGAGUAUCGAUCAGUUCACAGAUCGGAUGUGGCUUGUGAAACAUUUUCCAAUAGUUAAUAAAAUCGCGUUGAAUUUCCCUGGUUAUGCGCGAUUCCGCCAGCAAUGUGAGUCCUGGGUGGACGAAGUCAGGCAGCGGCGCUCUCGGGGCCAUCUGACCACUUCUGACGGGAUUACCACUAUUUUCGAUGCCAUGUUGCAGCCCAAUGAGCAGAAGGGCUAUGAAUCAAGAACCUCGGAGGAGCUUAUUGACGAGGCUGCUCUUUUCAUUAUUGCUGGCAGUGACACCUCCGCCUAUACGCUCACGAGCGCUACCUACUAUCUCCUCACCAACCCUUGCGCUCUGGCUCGCCUGCGUAACGAGCUGGAUACUCACUUGCUCUUCGAUCGUGCUGCGUGCAAAUGGGAAGAAGUCCGGAAAUUGCCCUAUCUGACCGCGGUGAUCAAGGAGACUCUCAGACUCAGUACACCCAUUCCAGGAAUCACUCCCCGAGUAGUCCCAGCAGCUGGAGUCCGGGUCCAAGACUAUUUCUUGCCGGGAGGAACUAUUGUCUCGAUCACGCAUCGAUCCAUCCAUGACAAUCCGGAUAUCUUCCCCGAGCCUACUUUGUUCCAGCCUGAGCGCUGGCUCGGAGAGAAGGGCAAGGCACUGGAUCGAUGGCUGGUUGCAUUCAGCAAGGGGUCGCGCCAGUGUAUUGGAAGCCCAUUGGCAUAUCAGGAAGCUGCACUGACGCUGGCGCAUAUAUUCGGCCGUUUCGAGCUGCAGUUGCACGAAACCGACGAAUCUAAUAUGAGCUGGGUGGAUCAUGCAGUGGCAGUGAAUAGCAAGCCGGUGCAAGUGCGGGUUCUAGAAGACCGCUGGUCAACUGACGGGAGUUUUUGCCAGCCAAUCGAGCAGGCGUGAGCUUCUUCAGAGCACAUGUGGCCCCCAGCAAGGAGUAGUCAGGUUGGGUCAGGUGACACAUCAAUUUGGCAAGGAAUGUGAUGUGUAAGAUUCAGACUGAAGAAGGAUGUAUUAGCAAGUCCCGACUCCCCAACAGCCCGCGGGCCAAGCAUCUAGAUAGUGAGUGUUUUACUUGCUGAUAGCCCCUUCAUAUAAUUCACUAUCGUUGAUCCCUGCCAAUGCCGAGUAGCAAGGGAUGACUCCAGCGGAUUACCAUAGACAUAAUUGACCCUCUACGUGG